UUUUUAUUGUUAGUUGAAAAAAAGACAACAAUGCCGCCAGUAAAUGUUGACAAUCUUAUGCGGGAACUUAGUAUUGACCAAUUGAUUCAAGUUCAAAUUAAACUGAGAAAUGAAACAGAAAAUAAACGUGAAGAUCUUCGUCAAAUGGUUGGUCGACGUUAUAGAGAUGUUUUAGAUGCAUCUAAUGCUGUUAAAAGAUUAACUGAAAUAGCUUCUGAACUUUCAAUUUUAUUAAAUGAUACAAAACGUUCGUUUUCUGCUCAACAAAAUUCUGAUUCAACUUAUGAAUAUACAAAAAGGGCAGUAGUCAAUGCUGGUCGACGUCUUUUGUUGUUACAUACACUUUUACCUCUUAUUGCUUCAACUAGCGACCUUUUAACUCGUUCCUUUGCUCUCUGUAUAGCCGAAAACCUUCAAAGACAGCUACAAACUGAACAACACCAUCUACUUGACAAAAAAGACGAGAAUGUUCCUUUACUUUUGUCUCUUCUCUCUGAACGUUUAUUUCAAUCAAGAAUUGAACUUUUAAAUGAAAUUGGGGAGGCUAUUGGGUUUGAAGUAGAUUGGCGUUCUGUUACAACCCUUUUGGCUGCUCAAGCAUUGUUAAAACCUCGAAUGGAUGUUUCUGAAUUAUUAAAACUUUAUUUGGAAUCGAGAAUGAAAAUAGUUUCUCAAGUCCUUCACCAACCUGAUUCUACACUUCUUGGUUUAGUUCGUCAUAUAAAAGACACAAUACAAUGUGUUGAACAAACAUUUGGAAGAGGUCAAGGUUUCCUUUCAGCAAUUCAAUUUGUUACAAAAAAGGGUUGGGCGCCAGAAGAAAUAAAGCAACUAGCAGAAGAUCAACCACUCUCAACUAGUCGAAUUCUUGAAAAAGAAAUUGUUUUGGUCAAUGGGGGAUGUGUUGAAAAUAAAUUUAAAUUGCAAGAUAAAAGUGUUAUUCAACGAGCUUUUUUUGAAUGGAUUAAUGAAGUCUGUUCAAUUGCACGUGACAGAGUCAAAGCAAUGUGUAAUCAUUUUGAACGAAUUGAAGAGGCAGUAGAUUUUACUGUUGCAGUUGGUCACAUUUUCAAAACGGAUUGGUUAACAACAAAUUCAUUUAUUGAAGAAGAUGGGCACGAAAAUAAUUCAAAUACAUAUUCUCUUAUUUAUAGACAAUUAUUUGGAACAACAUUAUUGGAACGUUUUAAUCAACUAAUUAAUGAAGGAUUAAUUUUACUUGAAAAGAAAUUACAUUCAAAAUUGCCUUUAAUUAAUUGUAAACCGCAAAUGCCUUUUCAAAGGAGUGGAAUAGCUGCUGUUAAAUUCGACCCUCAACUAGCUUCAGGAAUUUCAACAGAAUUACAAGAAUUAGUUUCAGAAUUUAGUGAACAAUUACUUUUAUUACAAAAAAAUGUUUAUAAAUAUACAAAUGUUGGGCAAGAAGAAAAUGUUGGGGAACUUUAUAAUGUUCUGGCAGAAAAAGUUCUUUUAAUGGUUGAAAGAUUAACAAAUUUUUCUGAAUGGGAAAUUAAUUUAAUUAAACCAAUAACAGAACAACAACCAACAAAUUUUGAAGAAAAUAAAAAUUCUUUAUUUUUAUUUAAUAAUAAUAACGAAAAUAUAAUAACAACGAGAGAAUUGAGAGAAAAAUGGUUAUCUAUUUUUCGUUUACUUUUGGCAUUAGUACAGCAUGAACCUUCUAUUUUAUGUCAAUGUAUGAAUCAUAAUUUGGAAAGAAUUGUCAAUUGUAAUAAAUUGUUACAUAAUGCUACUGAAGAAGCUCUUUGGUUUUUUUUACUUUUUUUUAUAAAUAAUAGGGGUUGUUGGCUCUAUAUGAAAUGA